GCGACAUGGCUGUCCAGCUGCCCGUUUUAGCACGGUCUCCAGUUGCGGGAAAUUCACCUUCCUCACGGAAAGGGCGGAGGCGGAGCACCAGCUACGGCCUAUUUCCUUCGGAUCAACGUGGUGUUACUUUGAAAGAACUCUUGCAACUGCGAGAUGCACAUGAAGAAAUUUCCGAGGUGCGAUGGCAUUGUGACAACCAGGCCCAAUUGGGCUGCACCUCUCAACCCCAGGGAUUUUGCGGUCCUUGCGUUUGCCAGAACACUUUGCAAGAAGGGACGUGGCGGCGAAUGAAUUUGCACGAAGUCAUGAACGAGGUAGUUCUGCAGAAAUACUGUCACGAUUUGCGCGCCUUCUCUUUUGCAGAAUACCUUAAAACAUUCGUCCGACCUGAUAGUGGAGGCAGAAUAGUCCAGACUUUUGUCUCUCAUUGGUGGGGCGAGGAGUUCUGCAAUCUGAUUUCGAGCUUGCAACGCUUCGCCGAAUCAGAGUGCAUCAAACGUCAAGCAUUGCGAUUGUGGGCAAGCUUCCACGCAGUAGCCAUCCUCAUUGUGAAUGCUUUUCUCUCCAAACGGUUGGCUAAAGUGUACGGCGCCCAUUUGGAAAAUUUGAGAGGAAUUGACAUUUGUGUGGUGAUUCUGUGCAAUUCCGCUGUGUCAUUUUGCACCUUGCUUCUGAUGCUACUGGAAGCAACAUGCAGAAGGCGGCAGGCUUUGGAGUGGUCCUUCUGGAUUUGUGCCUUUGCCAACAACCAGUACGAACUCGAGCAUGCCUUGGGUGGUACUGUGGACCAAUCCUCAUUCGCCAUUGCUUUGAGAAACGAUUUUUUGAAGAGUAUGGUAUGUGUGAUUGACUCGGAUUGUACCAUCUAUAAACGUUUGUGGUGCACAUUCGAACUAUUUUACGCAACUUAUGUCCUUCCGAGAGGCGGCGAAAAUUUCCAGAAGAAACGCCUGCCCAUUGACUUUGUCAAUGCAGAUGGCAUCAUCAGCCAAGGUGGUCUUAGCCAGCAAGUACUCUUUGACAUCAAGUCAGCCAUCACGCAGGUGAAGUCAAAGGAGGCGAAAGCCUCGAAGGCUGAAGAUGAACGACAGAUCCAUGACUUCAUUGCCAAAAGCACGACGCACGAAUCCUUGGAUAUGACCCUGAAGGAAAUCACCAAACUUGGUCUGGAUAGCGCGGGAUUGCGGCGAAGGGUGCCGUUGAUCUUCUACUUCUUUGCUCCAGUCGCUUCAUUUACACUGUCUGGAACUAUGCAUUGGCUCCUAUUGGCUUGCCAUGAGCCUGACCGCAGGUUUCGAUCGUUUUUGCAGUUCACUGCUGCCACCUAUGCUUUUUUGAGCAUGGCUGCGAUUAGUGUCAUCCUUGUUCUUUGCUUCAGUUCUUUUGAGAUCAAAUGGAAGAAAAGUGCACUUUCUGGACCUGAAGGUGGCUCGACACCGAACUUGACUCCCAAUUCCAGCCAUUUUUCAGAUGCACCUCAGGACGAUGGAUGGUGUACGCCAAACGUGACAGAAUUCCGAGUUAGAAUUUCAUUGCCAUCAUCAUACACAAGGUUACAAAUUAGAGUGUUCGCCAAAGCAAUCACCUACACCUUUGUGCUCGCGGGGCCUGGCUUUUUGCUUGCUCCUCCACUCCUUUGUGUCGAGCGCUUUGACUCAAAUGACUCGAGGAUUGCUCGGGGCUGGCUUCAGUUUCUUCUCAACUUGAGGUCACUGUGGAUUUCCGUACAGAUUACCUAUGCCUGUGCUGGACUCUGUGCUGGAAUUAUGUAUUUUUUGGUCAGGGACAGUGAACGCUAUACAGCUAAAGCAUUCCGCGGCAUCCUGGAGGAUGUGUGGUUGUAGUGUUGCGCACAAAGCCUGUGCAGACCAUGUUUGAUUGUGAUAGCCACCCUUACCCGUCAUGGUAAACUUUACUGUAACUGCUCUCUUGAUCUACUUUCAC